AUGGCCAGCCCACCACCAGUCCUAGAGGACCAAAGUCGCCUCCUAGAGGAGGCAUUGGGGGUGGUGAGGCAGCAGUCGGCAAUGAUGCGCAAGUGCUUGGAGACCCCCGGAAAGUUGAUGGAUGCGCUCAAAUGCGGCUCAACCCUUGUAUCCGAAUUGCGAACCCCGAGUCUCGGCCCGAAGCAAUAUUAUGAAUUGUACAUGGCUGUUUUUGAUGCGCUCCGAUACCUCUCCGUCUACUUAAAGGAGAACCAUCCCGUGAACCACCUAGCGGACCUGUACGAGCUCGUUCAGUAUGCCGGAAAUAUCGUACCCCGUUUGUAUCUCAUGAUCACGGUGGGUACCGUGUACAUGUCCGUCGAUGAUGCGCCGGUCAAGGAGAUUAUGAAGGAUAUGAUGGAGAUGAGCCGCGGCAUUCAGCAUCCGAUUCGCGGUCUAUUCCUGCGCUACUAUCUAACCCAACAGGCGCGGGAAUACCUUCCUUCUGGAACUGGUGAUGGACCCGAAGGCAACCUGCAGGACUCGAUCAACUUUGUCUUGACCAACUUUGUGGAGAUGAACAAGCUUUGGGUGCGACUUCAACAUCAGGGUCCAUCGCGAGAGCGUGACCGACGCAUACAAGAACGGCGCGAGCUUGAGCUGCUUGUUGGUAGCAAUCUUGUUCGUUUGAGCCAGUUGGUGGAUCUAGAAACGUACAAGUCUGGUAUUUUACAAGCGCUCCUGGAACAGGUGGUUCAGUGCCGGGAUGUUUUGGCGCAAGAAUAUCUCCUAGAAGUGAUCACUAAGGUUUUCCCUGAUGAAUUCCAUCUGCACACUCUUGAUCUGUUAUUAUCUGCUAUCGCCCGACUCAAUCCUCAUGUCGACUUGAAGAAGAUCGUGAUUACACUCAUGGACCGCUUAUCGACAUAUGCUGCUAAGGAGGGCGAGACAGACUCAACGAUAGAGCCUGAGGCUAGAAAACAGAGCGAAGAGGAAGCGGUAACUCGCUUAUUGCAGAAGCUGGAACUCGACAAGGAAACGAAAAAGGAAGCGCCUACCGAGGUCACAGAUACUUCUGAUGCCUCUGCAGAUGCCCCCAAGGAGAAUGGGACUGAUAAGCCGAGGAAACCAGAGGAGCCCGUCGCAGAGUCAGAGCCAACAAACGAGGAGGACUCGAAGACUAGUGUUCCCACGGAAGUUAAGCUGUACGAUAUCUUCUAUGACCAGGUUGUGAACUUGAUCAAGACACGCGGAUUGCCCAUUCAAGAUACUAUGGCCCUUCUCGUAUCCCUGGUCAAACUUGCUUUGAACAUUUAUCCGGAUCAGUUGGAAUACGUUGAUCAGGUCUUGGACUUUGCGACUCAGAAGACAGCCGAAUUUACCGAUCAUGCUGAUUUACACUCCGCACCUACACAGCAGCACAUCCUUGAUCUUCUCGGUGCUCCUCUCAAAUCUUACGUUUCGAUUUUCACAGCCCUGGCCUUGCCGCAUUACUUGCCACUCCUGACCUCGCAAUCAUAUCCUACUCGAAGAUCUAUUGCAGGCGAGAUAGUCAAGAGUCUGCUGAAGAACAAGAUUAUCAUCUCAAACCUGGAGAACCUUGAUCGUGUUCUGCAGACCGCCAGAGUGCUUAUCAAGGAAGGCAUUCAGCAGUCUACGGGAUACCCAGGACCACAGGCCCAGCGUCGUGGAGGAGAAACUGAGGAGACUAUUGAAGAGCAAGGUUGGCUCGCAAGAUUGGUGCACUUGAUCCAGGCACCGGACAAUGACACUCAACUCAAGCUGCUUCAGUCAACUCGUAAGGCGUAUGCCGAUGGCAACGAGCGUAUCCGAUACACCACUCCCGCUCUUGUCACAGCCUCAAUCCGCCUAGCUCGUAAAUUGAAAUCGCGCGAGCACUACGAUGACAACUGGCAAUCACAAUCAUCAGCUCUCUACCGCUUCUUGCACCAAUGCGUCAACAACUUGUACCAGCGAGUGAACCCAGGCUGUGCAGACUUGUCUCUUCGACUAUUUGUGAUGUGCGGUGAAGUCGCUGAUCAAACCGGCUUCGAGGAAGUCAGCUAUGAGUUCUUCGCGCAAGCAUUCACUAUUUACGAAGAUGCAAUUAGUGACUCUCGCGCCCAGUUCCAGGCUGUUUGCAUCAUUGCAGGUGCUCUGCAUGGCGCCCGUGGUUUCUCCAAAGAGAACUACGAUACACUAAUCACCAAGGCUGCUCUCCAUGGUAGCAAGCUUCUCAAGAAGCCAGACCAGUGUCGCGCGGUCUAUCUGGCCAGUCACCUCUGGUGGGUGGUUGAAAACCCACAACGCGGAGAAGAAGAUCCCAAGAACCUUUACCGUGACGGUAAAAGAGUUCUGGAGUGCCUCCAGCGCGCUCUGCGCGUUGCAGAUGCUUGCAUGGACACAGCCGUAUCCGUCGAGCUCUUCGUGGAGAUUCUCAACCGCUACGUUUACUACUUCGAUCAGCAAAACGAGACGGUCACCACCAAGUACCUUAAUGGGCUUAUCGAGCUCAUCCACUCCAACCUUCACAGUACUGAAGAUGAGCCCAACCCGAACCUUGACGGCCCGAAGCGUCAUUUCGAGCGCACUCUCGAGUACAUUCGAUCUCGAGAUUAUGAGGGUGUUGUUACGGAGCGACAGUAG